AGAUUUAUUCCAAGUACAAAGUACCCUUGUUGAAAUCAUGUAAAAGAAGACAAAAAAUGAAAAUUUUGGCUUAAGAAAAUAUUCCCAGAAUUUACUUUUCUUAAAGUCUGAUAAAAAGCAAAAAUUCCCAAAAGUAAUUUUGACUAACAUCAAGAAGAAAUUAUGUCCCUUCAUUUGAUACAGUAAAAGUUAUUUCUUGGAUUCCCCUUAAACCAUUUGACACUUACAAGACUCACUCUUUGCAAAUUGAGUUUAAAGAUUCAAUCUUUUUCUCUCUUGAGUACACAAAAACAAUAACAAUAUUCUUGAUUAGUAAUGUCUUUUUCAAGUGGAAGAUCAACAGGACAAUCUUAUAAUGGGAUUGUUAGAAGAAUGGUGAGUCUUCCUCGUAGUAUAAUGGGAGGAUUUUCAAGAGUAAUGGAUCAAGGAAUGGACUUAAUGAGAAUUGGAGGAAGAAGAAAUCAUCAAGAACAAUUACCUCAUCCUAAUUUUCCUUAUCAACACCCUUAUGAAUUCCCUUUUCAAGAUCCAUUUGAUUUUCCUCCUUCAAUGGUCCAAGAAGAAUGGGCAUUUUUGAACAAUUUUGAGCAAGAAUAUGGAACUCAACAUCCAUUUUUCUAUGCUUGUAAGUUUAUGGAUGCACUAAAGAUAGCAAAGGAUGAGCAUAAGUUCUUGUUUGUGUACUUUCACUCUCCACAACACCCUUUUACCCCUUCUUUCUGCAGUGAGACUUUGUGUUGUGAUCUUGUGGUGCAGUUUCUUGAUGCAAAUUAUGUUUGUUGGGGUGCACUUGCUGAUAGAGGAGAGGGUUUGCAGAUGGCUACAAGUCUAAGGGCUUCAAGUUUCCCUUUUUGUGCCCUUGUAGCUCCUGCUCCUGGAGAUAGCAUAGCUGUGCUGCAACAGUUGGAAGGUCCAGUUUCUCCAGCUGAAUUAGUGGAGAUAUUACAAAGAACAAUGGAAGAACAAGGAUUGGCUUUUGGCAGUGGAAGGGUCAGAGAACAAGAAAAUUUAAGGGCGGAUCGUCGACUAAGGGAAGAACAAGAUGUAGCUUACAUUGCAUCUCUUCAGAUUGAUGAGGAGAAAGAAAAACUCAAGAACAUAAUGCCCUCGCAGCGGAAUUCAAAACCAGAACAUGCUCCAAAUAAAUCAAAUCAAGAGAAACCUAAACCAAAUCCAACACAGAUCCAAUCUAGUAAGCAAAAAGAAGCUACUUCUACCAUAGCAACUACGCAAAAUCCGCCACUAUCCCAGUCUAGCAAGAAAAAAGAUUCUAUCUUUGCCAAAGUAACUAUGCAAAAUCCUAAACAAUCCCAUUCUAGUAUGAAGAAAGAGUCUACCAAUGCAACUGCAGGAAAAAAAACUCAAAUGACUCAGAUUGCAAUUCGAUUUCCAAAUGGUGAGAGGAGGGAGCAGAGCUUCUCAUCGACAGAUAACAUUCAAGCAAUAUUUAGGUACGUCGAUUCACUAGGAUUGCCUGGAGUUGGAAAUUACAGACUGAUAUCAAACUUUCCAAGGAAAGUGUAUGGUGUGGAUCAAAUGGGAGUAACACUCAAAGAUGCAGGCCUUCAUCCUAAAGCAAGUCUCUUCUUAGAGCUUCUUUGAAGUUAUAAUUAAUCGUCCUAGAGAGUCGAAAUAUUUGGUAUCAUACUCUGUAGCUAAGCGUAUAUGACAUUUAUACACGCAAAUUAUACAUUACUAUCUUUAUGUAUGUAUUGCAGCAGCCCUAAGAUUUAUGUAAGGAUAAGUUCUUUCUUUUUUUUGGUUCGGUGUCCGGAAGCCCAUAUUGGAGGGCCGACUAAACUUGGAUCGCGCACUACCAGGGCUUGAACCCGAGACCUCUGAUUAAGGGUGAAACACUUCCACCAGUGUACCACAAUUCAUGUUGGUAUGUAAGGAUAGGUUCAAUGCUAAGAACUAUAAUGAUUUAUCUGAUACUCUUUAGUCUAAUACAUAUUUGUUUCGACAGUA